GUUACAGAUUCAGCAGCUGAAGGUGGAACGCGAUGUCCAAGCGUUUUUCGGCAUGGAAGAAUGGCGAAAACUGAGAGAUAAAGACCAGGAGGAUGUCGCCUUUUCACCUAGUAGCAAACACCCGGCAAAAAUUGCAGGACCUGUCGUGGAUGCAGAUCAGUGUGGUCCGGAUCAUAGAGAACAUCAAGGGGACCAUUUCGAAGACUCUCCUGCAGGAGCGAAGCGAAAUCC